UUUGAGUUGACAACCGCGAAGCGAAAACUAUAAGAAGCUACAUUUCGUCCUUACUUCCAGGGAUCUUGGUGUUAUCAUCGACGCAUCAAUGUCUCAUGAAUCUCACAUCAAUGCAGUCUGUGUGUGGGUGUCAUCACCAUGGCAACACAGUAUUUGUUUUCACCACACCUUCCUCAAGGAGGCCAGCAUAUGCCAUAUCCACAUAACAAUGGCUACAAUUAUAUACCCAAAAAUGGUGGCUUUGCAUUUCGAAAACGGUUUGAACGUGUUGACUGGCGUAAGAUUGCUGCUGUCGAUGUGGAACAAAUUUCAAGAACUCUCGACUUUGCUGUUCUUCAAGAAAACAUUAUGAAUGUGACCUUUUGCAGUAUUGAGUCAGAGUUGGAUGUAAGGACAGUGGAUCCAAACUUCUUAAAGCUGUUCAAACUUGCCCAGCUUACUAUAGAAUAUUUAUUGUAUUCUCAAGAGUACUUGGCUGGUCUUUGUACUACCAUGGAAGAAAGAGCAAGGAAAACAGAAGAGGAACAAGACAAAGUGAAACAAGAAUUGGAGACUUUGAGAAAGGAGCUUGUAGAAGUAAAGCGAGAGAGUCAUAAACGUAAGAAGUUGCUGAUUGCACAACAACAGCUAAUGCAUGCGGGAGCUGGCAGUUAUAACAAGUGUCCAUAUUGUCCCAAAGCCUUCCUGAAUACCCCAUUUCUACAAGCACAUAUCUCAAGACGUCAUGGAUCUAAUGCUGGGUCUGUUUUGGGUUCGGGUGAUCCCUCCAAAGCAUCCAGCCCUGACCAAGGAGUGGGUGAUAGCAUCGCCAACAACCCUCAAAUGGAUGCUGAAUUAUGUCACAUCAAAGCAAGACUGCAUGCCACAGAAGCCCAGCUAGAAGAAGAGCGACGAAUGCUAGCAUCUCUUCGCAGCAAAGAGGACAAGAUUGGCCCAAUGAUGGCAGACAGGCUUGAAGCUGCAACAGAACAGCAAUCAGAACUACAUAGGCGUCAAAUAGAGGAAAUAAAAGAUGUGUUCCUCAGAGAACUUAAGGAGGUGAACGAAAAGUACGUGGCUUCUGAACAAGCCCUGAGAGAACUGGAAGAACGAUAUGGAGCAAAGCGAUCAUACCUUGGGGUGAUGCAAGAUGACGUGGAAGAAGAAAAAGAGUUGCUGCAGAAGCAGAGAGCUGAGGUGGCUGUACUUCGUGAACAGCUGAAAUACCAGUUGGAGACUGUGGAAGAAAAAGUGCAGGAGAAAAUGGAAAUGCAAAAAAAACACCGUCGGCAUCGGCCUAGACAUGCACCAUCACCCAGAGAAAAGAAAUUUCAGGAAAAUGAACCACAAGAGGUUGUAGAGAACCAAGUUUUGACUGUGAAUAUAAGACAGGAAAAGACUCCAGUAAAAACAGUUCUGGUACCAGAGCAACAGCAGAAUGCAAUCAGCAUGUAUCCAAGUGAUGAUAAUGAAAGUACUGCUUUAAAGUCAGGAACUAGUAGUUUAAGGACACCACGCAGCACACUUGGAUUUUCAGGAGGUAGUAGCCUAGGACUGCGAACAUCACAGUUCCUAGAGCAACUGCGCCAGAACCCAACCAUGGGCAUCAUGCGUGAUGAACUUGCUACUCUACUGGAUGAAAAAGUUGAAAAGUGUGGCAUCCCACAUGGAACAACAGGAAUCUCAGACCAGAUGCUGCAGAAUAAACUGGGCAUGCAGCACACUCAGCGCCAGUCCUACCUGCAGAGAUACCCUAACUUCCUGGAUCUCCGUGAACGCUUCAACAAAGAGGCUACUGAUCUGGCCUUGAAACAGCUGCACAGUGCAAUGCCAGCAGUACUACAGCCUGGGUCUGAUUCAUAUUUGUCCCGCUCCAUAGGUUUUCAAGAAAAUAGGCCUGCCAGAGUGAGUGGCCAGCUGGGAAGUGUUCACUCCAAAACAUCUGGCUACACUCCUCGUUCUGCCAGUGCCCCGUCUCCUCGUCAACAUACACCUAAAAACACUCCAGGGAUGAACCAGUCACGACCACAGCCACAGCCUCAGCCACGAGCAGCAUCUCCACACAAGACUACUUUGUCCACUGCAUCAACAACUGACUGGACCAGCACACAGUGGGAUUCGGAUGAAAGUGUAGAAGAUGUUAAUAUUUCAGGGGUGAAACCCUUUUCGCCUGUUGCCAAUGUCCGAUUAAUUCAAUCAGGACCCCGCCCUUCUCCACGUCACAGCAAGCAGCCAAUAGUCAUUCAGUCACGAUCUCUUCGUCACAAUGAUGAGGAUGAUAUUGAUGAUAUUCUUAAAUCAGAUGGAGAAGAUGCAUCCAAAACCUGGCAAGGUCAGUCACAGCCACAUCGUGCUCAGCUUUCAAAAACAACACCACAGUCUCAAGGUCAAAAUGUGGCUAACUUGAAACAUAUGAUAGAAGGCCAGCUGCAGGGACGGAAACAAGAGAAGCCAUUUGGUGGUGUGGACACUAUAUCAAGUAAAGGAUCCCAAAAGAAGGAUCAAGCUUACCUAGAGGAUUUUACUGAUGGUAGUGACUGGGAUGGGACAGAAGAGCCUGCUAGACCACCUACCAGGAGAGGUGGAGGAGGUGGGAAAGAAACAGAUGUAUCCAGCAACACUUAUGGGACAAGCCAGUGGGGGUCUUCCAAGGGAGCCAAUGCAGUGAAGCCUGAAGUUAGGAGGUCAACAUCGCGAAGUUCUUUUGUCAGCGUGACGGAUAUCAGCUCUGAUGAAGAUAUGAACAUCGAGAACAUCUAGGUGCAAGAUCUUUUACAGCCACAGCAGCUAUUGUAAACAGCAGUGUGCAUCCAAAUCCAGUAGUUAUAUUUAAAUAAAUAGUGUAACAAAUUGUGUUCUCUCUGUCAAAACAGCAUUUUCCUCCCUUGUUUCACAAGACCAAACUAAAGUAACUUGUUUGAUCUGUCAGUGUAACAAGGGGCUGUUGCAGAGUUACUGUGUAUGUGCUCAUAUGCAAGUGUGCAUCUGCACAUAGUGAUUCUAUUUUUGCUGUUUCCUCUUGCACUCUCUCCACCACCUCUGUGACCUAUGUUGAAGCUUAAGAAAUACAGUCACCUUGUGUCUUCAUUGCCAUUUUAAAAUAAUCUGUCCUUCCUUUCAUAUAAAGCACCAUAUUUUGUAUAAAGCAAUUAAGUUUUAAUGAACUCGUACAUUUAAGUGGCAGAUGAGCUGACCUGGGCAUCUAAGGCACUGAGAGAUGGCAAUGUUAGUUGCUGGAUGUUACCUAGACAUGGUAGAGACCUUACCAUCUGAUGCCUGUAAGCACCGAGUGAUGAUAAUGCAUUGCUAGAUGUUACCUUGUCAUGGUAGAAUACUUACCAUCUGAUUCCUGUAACUACAGUCUUCAGACACCUUGCAGGUCACGAAGGAAGGGAUGAUGCAGCUAUCUGGAACUGAAAUAGCUGGUAUCAGAGAGCAGUCUGCAGAGAGAAGCCUGUAAAAGCAGUGGUUUUUUGUCAGAUAACUGUAGGUGAAAUGAAGGACUCUGAUGCAUGCCUUGUGUCUGAGAGCUACAAACAUUACAGCACGCAGCCAGUCGGGACAGAUUAGGUCGAUAGUAAGGUGUCUGAUGCCUGU